UUUAACUAUCAGUACAACAAUCACAUUACUUUCAUCAUUAUUAUUAGGUAGUGCCGGUUUUAGAAUAAAUUCAGCUGUUACAGAAACUACGUGCCAGGACCCAUCAUGCAGGAAUAGACGAACAACCAUGGAGAGAAGCCUGAUGAUACUAGUGUCUACAUUAAUCUACUAUGUGACUCGUUUAUCAUUAAUAGCUCUGGUACUUGUAUUACACAUAAAAACAGAUGGCAUAUCAAACGGCGCUAUCCACGCUGAAGCGUUGGUCAGUAGUCGACCAAUUCCCAAAUUGGGUUCAUUACGAAAUGUGUGUAUUACACCUGCCUGUAUUUGCGCAUCUUCUAGUAUUUUGAAUAAUAUGGAUCCCAGCGUAGAUCCAUGCGAUGACUUUCAUCAGUUUGUAUGCGGAAAUUAUAGGAAAAUGACUAAUAUACCAGAUGAUGAAGAGACGGUUGGAGGAUUACAGAAAUUAAGGGAACUGCUUCAAAUACAUUUACGACAAACACUAAAAGGAAAUGUCAAUCCUAGUGAACCUAAACCUUUCGCACUACUUAAAAAAUUAUACAGGGUAUGCAUGAACGAGACCGCGAUCGAGUUAGACGGAUUGACGACUGCCAAAUCCAUUUUGAAGGAAUUGGGAGGAUGGCCUUUGCUUGGAGGGCAAAAAUUAGAUCGAGAAAAAUUUGAUACGCGAUCAUUGCGUGUGUUUUUCGAUUUUAAGGUUAGACCUGGCUCCAGGAAUACUUCACGGAACGUUAUUUAUGUCUUUCAUGCGAGUUCAAUUUUUUUUUCAACCUACCCUUACCAUAUGGUCGUAAAGUAUCUGGAACAACUUUAUAGUUUCAUGGUCGAUAUUGCUGUUAUCUUUGGCGCUAGCAAAGAAGUCGCAGAGAAGGAAUUCGUAAAUGUGUUUAGAUUGGCAGAAAAAUUGCAUUACAUUAAAAAAUACAUAAACUGCAGAGCCCGCUUUCUCACAUCUAUGUCUGAACUUCAAAACACGUUCCCUACCAUUCCUUGGUUAAAAUACUUUAACCUCGCAUUUAACUUCCCUGACAUACAAGAUAUUAAUAUGGUCAAUAUUUGCCCGGCCCAUAUUUUUGAAGUAGAAAAUCUGCUGAAGAGUACAUCCAAAGGAACACAAGCAAACUAUUUUAUGUGGAUGACAGUUUUUAAAAUGGCAUCUCACCUUACGAAAGACUUGCGACAACGUCGGCUGAAUUAUAUUUCAUUGUUGACUGGGCAAUUGCGAAGACAGGCGAGAUGGAAGCAAUGCGUAGCUGUCGUUGCACAAAGUAUGCCCGUUGCUACAGGUGCUUUGUAUGUUCGAAAAUAUUUUCGAAGAGAAACAAAGCGACAUGUUAUGGAAAUGGUUUCUGACAUUAAAAGUGAAUUUAUUAAUAUAUUGAAACAGGCCGAUUGGUUAGAUAACACAACCAAAAACCUCGCCCUAGAGAAAACCUUAGCUAUGGUAUCACAUGUUGCAUAUCCCGAUGAGAUACUGCUGAAUAAAAACUUAGAAGUAUAUUACGAAGGGCUUAAUUUUACGUCCGAAAAUUACCUGGAUAUGCGGUCUCGUCUGGAAUUAUUUGAACGUGAAUGCUCGGCCAAAAGUUUAAGGCUACCAAUAAACAAAACCGACUGGACCACUCACGCAGAAUCGGCAGUGGUCAACGCAUUUUAUACAGUUAAAGAAAAUAGUAUACAACUUCCUGCCGGAAUAUUACAAGAAGCUUUCUUUAGCAUUGAUAGACCGCAGUUUAUGAAUUAUGGCAGUAUUGGCUAUAUUAUUGGUCAUGAAAUUACUCACGCGUUUGAUAAUAAUGGUAUGAACUAUGAUAAAGACGGAAAACUUUCGGACUCGUCGUCAUUAUCAUCAGCAAUCCAGAAAUUUAACGAGAAGGGAAAAUGCUUCAUUUCCCAAUACGAUAAUUACACCAUUCCCGAACUCCAAGUAAAUUUGAAUGGUCUUCAGACGUUGGGGGAAAAUAUAGCUGAUAACGGUGGUUUCAGAGUGGCAUAUUUAGGAUAUAAGAGGUGGGUCAAACGAAAUGGAAAAGACCCAAGACUACCCAUCUUAAAUUAUACCGGUAGUCAAAUGUUUUGGAUUGCGGCUGCUACUACGCUAGGGUGUUCAAAACAGCGUGUGGAGUACACCGAGUACAAUUUUUACACAUCAGACCCGCAUCCACCUAAGAAGGUUAGAGUUAACUUCCCACUAGCCAAUACGGAUUAUUUUGCUAAUGAUUUCAAUUGUCCCAAAGGAAGUAAAAUGAACCCAGUCGAUAAAUGUAGGGUUUGGAAAUGAAGUUUUUUUUUUGUUCAAUUUAGUAGGCAUACAAACUUUAUUAAAGUGCUACAACACAGACUAAUUUUAUUCCAAAUAAAAUGAAUUUUGGCGUG